CCAAACGGUCACGGGCAGCGAGGGUCGACUUUCUCCGCAGAAGUAACAAUAUAAUAAUUGUUAUUAAUAGUAAAGGAACUGGUUUGCAUCAUGUUCCCUCAGCAACAGCAGCAUUUCCAGCAGCAGCUGCUUCAGUUGCAGCAGCUCAUUCAUCAGCAGCGGCAACAGCACCAUCGCCAUCACCAUCCACACCCACCGCCACCACAGCCAGGCCCCAACCGGGCUAUGCAGCAACAGCCACAAAAGUAUCAUCACCACCAUCCUCACCAACAGCAGCGGCACCAGCAUCGUCAGCAGCAGCAACAGCAGCAAGAGCAACUGCCUCAGUUAAACCUACAUCCAUCCAGUCAAGCUUCACUCCUAAAUCCUAAUCCUAUGCUACAACGUGCCCUGAUAAUGCAGCAGAUGCAAGGUGGUCUUCAUGGAUACAGCAUGUCUACACCAGGUCUACAGCCCUUCUUCCCACCAGGAUCCAGAGCAUCAAUUCUUGGCACCCCUCCCCUUGGCAUCCAGCUGCAGACACCUCGCAUCAGAUUUGGGAACCAACUCUUCCAACAACAUAAUCGUGGAUUCAACAAAGAUAUGAAGAGAAUGCAUGACAUGAGAAGAGAUCGCUAUUCUCCACGGGAGCCUUUCCGGGCAAAAAUGGAUGUGAAAUGGGAUGCAAAUAAAGUCAACACAGAGCCUGGAACAAAGCAGUCAACAGGUAAUAAACAUGUUGAUGCAAAGAAGGCAGCUGAUUUUAUAUCUCUGAAAACUGAGGAGUCCAUUAAAGCUGAUGAACCAGAAGUAAAAAGGAGAAGGCUUGAGAGCAAAAAUGAUGAUGUAACUGAACAGUCUAAUUCUGGGGAGCCGAACACAUCCAAGAGUACAAUGAAGGAAGAUGAGUUAAAGAAAGGUACUUCAGAGAUGUGUGAAACUGAUGAAUGUGAAGAGAGUGGAAUUGAUCAGAAUUUGGAGCACAAUACAGCUAACACAGAAAUGCUGAGUACGAUGAGUACACUGAAAGUAACGAUCCAACAGAGCAGUGAAAGUCGGGCAAUCAGCACAUCUGCACCUGAUUCUGGAUCUAAGGGCAAUGAGGACUCUAUUGAGGAGCUGGAUUCUAUACCGACCAAGUUCAUCUGUUACAUCUGUAAUGUCAACUGCUAUAAUCAAAAGAACUUUCAGAAACAUAUGACAGGGACACGCCAUCAUCAGCGACUCUUGGAGAUUCAGCAGAUGAGUAAUGCUUGUCUGGCCACACUAAUUCCACAGCCAGGCUCAAUGGGAAGAGGCAGAGAGAGUGACAAAAAAAGACCUAGAUGGUGCAGCACCUGUCAGGCCCACUUCAGAGGCAAUGUCAUUGAACACCGCAGGACACAGAGACACAAGCUUGCUAAGUACUCUCUGCGGCCUUUCUGCACUGUUUGCAGCCGACAUUUCAAAACCCCCCGCAAGUUUGUGGAGCACAUGAAGUCGCCAGAGCACAAGCAGAAAGUGGAAGAGGUUAAACUGCAGCGUAGCUCCCUGGAUAAAGAUCAAGCUGGACAAGAUGAUCCAGAGGACAUGAUCACUGUUGAUGCAGUUGGUUGCUUUGAUGAAGAUGAUGAAGAAGGAAUGACUGAGGAUGAUGACAGUGGCUCUGAUUGUUUAAGUGAUGGGGAUUCUCAGCAGGCUUUCAUGUCAGAAUUUCAGAAGGAGCCAUAUGAUGCAGAGACUGUAUAUGGCCAGGAAUUUGUGGUCCCUGUGACCGGUUUCCUCUGCAAGCUAUGUCACAAAUUCUACCAUUCUGAGUCCACUGCCAGAUUUACCCACUGCAAGUCACUGAUGCAUUUUCAGAACCUUCAGAGUUACAAAGUACAAAGAGCCCAAGAUUAUUUAUCAGUAUCUUAUCAAGAACCAGCAGCCUCUGUGGUGAACAGCCUUGGUUCAACAGAUGAUCAAAAACCAGAAGGAGAGAAGCAACCAGAGAAAGACCUAAAAUCUGCCAAUGUCACUGCCAAUCACCCUGAAAUGGAGGAAGCAAGUUGUGAAGUUGAAACUCCUACACCUUCAGGUCAUGGCAUUGUUCCCAGUGUAGAGGAUGGUAACAACAAAGACAGUUCUUCCCCCUCGCAGAACUUUGAGCAGGAGAGUCCAGAUGGCAGUGAUCAAGGUGGUACUAUCAUUGGCGAUAUACCUGUUUCAAAGUUUGAUUGCAAAUUAACUGUCAGCCCACGUACAAAGAACGAGAUGCCAAGUGGCAAAGUGGAGGGGGAGCAGGGAAUUAGUUCUGACAAGUGCGAGUCGAGCUCCGUUAUGGGCAGCGAGGUGGCAGAUGAAGAGCAGGAUGGGAAUGAGGAGUGUGACCUGAGCUCGUCCAAAGCUGAGGAGCCCAGUGAGACAGAGGAUGGUGAGGAAGAGCACAUGACUGACAGCUGCCUGACAGAGAAGGAGUGUGAAGAGACAAAUGUCAAAAGUGAAGAGAAUGAGCUAGGUGAGGAGGAUGGGCAUCUGGAACGCAACAUCCCCAAAACAAGAUCUGGGAGGGUGGUACGUGGCCGUCGUCUCUCUUCGAGGCGGAAGAAGUAAAUUUAAGAUGCAAUUUUUGUUUUGAAGGGUAAAUUAUACCACACUGAGCUAAAUUUAGACGCUUGCGGUGGAUACAAUACCUCUGCCACCAUAUUAAAUACACAGUGGGUCAUCCAUCAGUGGUUAUAUAUUUCCCUUUCUUGGUGAGGGAAGAAUCAUGUGUAAGUCCACUGCUGAUUGUAACUAACAUCUCAAUGCAGUACCCACUCAGAAAUAUUUUUCCAUCCUCUUAUGGAAUUACAAAGUAGAGAUAAUUGCGGUGCUCCAAAGAUUGUAUUGUAUCUUAAGAGUAUUUGUCUUCAGUUUUUUAUGUUAAGAUGUCACUACAGACAUUCUAUUCUGUGGCUGAAUACCAUCUGAUUGAACACUGCGCUUCACAGCUGAUAACUCAAGGCUUGGGUAAACAGAAUGAUCAGUUGUAGGCUUGAGACCCUAGCUUCCUUUCAAAUUGGCAAGCAAUUGUGGUGGAAUUGAAAUAUUGGGUAGACUGGAAUUGCUUCAACUCUGAUCCCUUUGCUUUGUCAUCACCGUAUGCAACUCUGACACUGAAUGCAAAGUAAAAUAUCAAACCAGUUCCCAGUACCUUGAUAAAUCGGUUUUUAAACAGUAGGUGCAAAGCAGACAGCUCUGAUUUUCAUGCUGAGCAAUGUAAAAUGAAUUGUGUGUUGCGUGAAUUGCGUACUUGCAUUCACAGAUCAUGGAAACAAAAUGCAGCAUACACAGACUUGCCUGCCCAAUGCAGUUAUGCAGUUUCUAACAAUCUGCCCUCUUUGAAGCAUUAAGGGAAUGGGGAUUCUUAGCCAAUGAUCCUGAAAAGAGAAUUUUGGCUGCAAUGGUUCGCAUAGACCAACUUCAUGGCUGCUGCUUUUAGCCUCAAUACUGAAGUCCAAGUUGAUUACACAUGCAAAUGGAUUAAAGUUAAGCUUUCUGACAUGUAUUUCCAACAAACAUACCAAAUCUCUUUUCUAAGCACCUCUUCUUGGUGAUGAACAAUGAAGUUAAAUCACAUUUACUUCUUGAGGUAGCACAUAAUGCACUGUUCUUGAUAUUGAUGCCAGCAUUCAACCUCUGAAGCCUGUUCUGCCAAUCAGUGAAAUUGUGGAUUAUUUGUAAACUGACAUCACAUAUCUUGCUAUCCUUCAGUGAACAAAGGUCUUACAUUUUUGGAUUCAAAAUUAGCAAUUGAUCUAGUGGUAGAGAGCUUCUAAUCUCUAUCACCCUUGAGUGUGGAAGUUUUUCCAUCUUCACCAGCUUUUAAUUUUUAAAUUGUUCCCUACUCUUGGGCCCCAACCAGUGAAAAUAGCUCUUUCUUUCUUUCUUUCUUUCUUCCUUCCUUUCUCUGUCUCUCUUUUUUUUCUCUCUUUUUCUCACUCUGUAAUCUUCUUAAUAUCUUGAAAAAAUCAAACCCUCACUUAACUUUGUUUUCCCUGGAAAUUUGAUCUUACUUUGUGUGAUCUCUAAUCAUUAUUUAACCUUUGGACUCCUCGUAUUGUUUUAGUAAAUCUGCCUUCCCUGCCCAGCACUAUUCACAUGACUGUAGGUAUGGUUAAACCAGAGCUUUGCCAGGUGACAGUAUAGCUGUUACACCCUUUUUAUUUUAGUCCUCUAAAUACAAAAGCCUGCUUUCCAUUAACUCUUGAUUAUUUUCUACAUCUGUCCAUAAUAUUUUAAUGAUUUACAUAAUAGACCCAUGAGGCUAUUUCUGUUUUUUCACUGUCAUUACUAAUAUCUCUUCUUAUUUGGAACAUAUUGAUUGCUUGCCAGUUUGAACUGCAAACAAUUCUGUCAGAUAUAUUGCCACAGUGCUGUAAGAUGACAAAAUUCAAUGAUAUUGACUGAUUUACUACAAAAGGAGAUGCUGACUAAGUUUGCCAAAUUACUUCAUUUUCUCUUGUAUAUGUGGAGAUUGACAUCUCCAUUUGGAAAUAAUCCUCUGCUUCAUAAACACAAACAAUCCACCAGUUCCUCCAACACAACAUUGACCACCUCUUAAUCUACUUCAUUCUGCUUUACAAUGCUUUGGGACAACUGUGAGGGGUAGUUAAAUAAUUGCUAGUCUUACUUUCUUGGUCAUCCAGUAUAUAGAAUACACAUUCCCAGCACCAUUCAGAAAAUGUGGAUACUCUUAUGAAUGAUUCAUAUCCUUCCCACCUCUACUAUUAUUAUAACUAAUAGGCAAUUGCAUUCAAAGGAUUUCUUUUUAAAUGUAGUUUAUUCAAUGCCCCUAUCACUUUUCUUCAAGUUUGUUUAUAGUUGUGACCUGGAAAUUAAUCAGAUUUGUAGCUACUCUGCCUGUCCAUGAAAGUUGGCAACCCUAUAUGGAUGGUGUAUACACAACCAGGUGGAGGGCUGAAUAUUGAGUGCAGUGGCAAGAAUGUUGAUUGGGCAAUCUGCAUGCAUACAGGUUUACAUACUUUUUGUGGCUUUCUACAUAUUUCUAAUAUUCAUUUGUACAGGAGAUGGAGGAGGGAAUGUUUACUCUUGGGAAUAGGUUCCAGGUGUAACUUUCUCUGUCUUUUUGUUUUGAAUUAACAUCCUGAUUCUAAUUUCUUUUAUUAUAAAGGGUAAUUGUAACGUUUUAACAAGCAAAAAAAAAUAUAGAAAGCAGGUCUGUCAAUGGUUGUCGAGAGAAGAUAUUAAGGUUUCAAGCAUUGGCCCUUCAUCUGCAAAUGAUUAACCUGAAAUAUUAACCCUUUCCUCUGGAUACAAAUCCUGUGCAUUUCCAGGAAAGUUGUCCUUGUAAUCCAGAUUGCCCUUGGGCUAUAACUGCUUUCACAUCAGGAGCUGGGUGCAUCCCUUGGUCAAUAAUUGUGCAACUAUGUUUUCCAAAUACUGCUUCCAAUGGAUUUUUUAUCUAAUUUAAAGCUGUUUUGGACAUUUCUACUAAGUCUGUGUCAGCUUUAUUCAGGUUUUUACCUAUUAAAGAUCAUUUCCUGAAUCACAAAAUAGCCUGCAGCCCUUCAGAUAAUCUGUGAAGAGUGGAGUAGUUGUUGGCCUCCUUGGUUUGGUUGAGAUCACCUCACUGCCACACCCAGAGAUUAUCUUGAAUCAGUCACUGGAAUGUGAGUCUUGUGAUAGUUUUCUCUUGUUUUUUUUACCCCUACAUAUUGCCUCCUCCCCAAGACAACUUGGCUGGUUGACAUUGGCCUCCUUGUAGAUGCUCAGUGGUGCUGUGUUGGAAUUCUAAUCACUGGAAUCACUGUAGUUUCCUUCAUAAAUAAUGAUAAAUUUAUUUUAUUUGUGGAGAAUUGUUAAUCACACUUAUGCUGAUUAUAGGUGUAUACUCAUCAGGGCACUGCUCCCAACAAUCCAGUUUUCAAAUCCCAUCCCAGCUGUAAAAUUGAAUUUAGUAAAGCUAUGGGUUGUGUAACAGGAGAAAAAGAUGAGCUUUGUUUUAAACUCAGCUGAGACUUGCAUGUCCUCAAUCUGGCGAACAAGCUUUCACAAAGGAGCAGGCUUUUACUUCCUAUUCAGGAAAAACGGUACCACCUGGUAAGAAGAGAUGCUUAAUAAGUGCAGCUAAACCUGUUGUCAUUUACACCCCCAACAAAGAAAAAUCAGCCAAAAUGAAAAUUUGACAGCAUAUUUAAGUUCUUAAUUCAGCAAAUUAUUGCUGAGCUACUUUAAAUCCAAUACAUUGAACUUGCCUAACUAUUCAAAAAUCAAGCCCCCCUAUCAGAGGAGCAACAUUAUAUGCUCAUUCUGUGUCUGGGAAAUGUGUAAGAUCCUCACUUUCCUGGUGAUUCAAUGUUAAGUAUUGGAAAACUAACAUUUAAUAGCUGUCAACAGUCAAAUAAGGAAGGCUCAUGAACCUGAUUUAGUAAUUGAGUAAACAUGCUGAAUAACUUAACAUCCCGAGGAUGAGGCGAUAUUAGCAAGAAGGUGCUGCCAUUUAUAUAUCUUUACUCACUUGCUCCCUGGCAUUUUGUAUUGUCCAGAUGAUAAAUUAGCACCUGCAAUAGACAUAUAGUGGACACUUUUAAUUUUGUUUGAGAGAUAAGGAGCUUGGGAAGAGUACCCCACAUUGCUCUUUGAACCCUUCUGAUAUUCAUUGAGCUUCUGGUUGAUCUUUUACUUCAGCAACAUUGUCCUCAUUUUAAAAUCUGUUGAUUACCUUGAAUAUAUUCCAACAACAGAUUCUGGUGUGGAAUAUCAGAAUUAGAAUCUGCAUUUUACAUUUGGUUACUUUGAAUACUGUCAAGUCAGAAUUUGUCUUUGGGUCUCUUCGGGCCUUAGUACAUUAUCACCCACACCUUCACAUAGAUAUCACUCCUUUCUCACUGGGUGAUAAUCAGUCUUUCUUGACUAUUCUUUGAUAUUAGUUCAUGAAAGUACUGCAAAAUAACCUUUAUCUUGACUGGGUCCAGCAUUGAAGUGUAUGGCCUGAUCACACUUUACAAAGUUCACAUUUUCACGAACACUGAUCUCUUCAGUGGGAAAAGACUUGCCAAUCACCAAUGCCAUCAGACAGGACAUAAUCUUUAAUCCCUCCCGGACAGACAAAUUGAAUGGGUGAAAGGGAAAGUGUGUGUGACCAGCACUGGUAUUGCUUUUAACCUGUGCCGUACAGUCCAAAUAUUAGUCACUGCUUUGCCCUCUCCAUAAUAGGCAAAGCCAAAUAAUGAAUUUUUAACAUCCAAAUCAUUCCCUUGUUUUGGUUAUUUCAGAGUUUAUGAUCAUGUAUGAAUACAUGAUCUCGCACUGCUCUCACUCCACCUGCACUGAGCUGCCCCACUUACAAGGGAAAAAAAUCAGACUUUAUUCUCUAGAACUAAAAUCGAGAGUGACUAAAUGUUUUUAAUAAUCUGUGGGUUUAUUUUAUUUUCCUUCCAUUUUUCAUGGACCAAACAAUUUAAACCCAGCUAACGAUGGAGGGAAUGUUUUCAAAUGAGCCACGGAGUUUUUCCAUUUGAUCUUUGUUCCAUUCCUUGGGCGACAGAUUAAAACAAUAAGGAUGAGGUCCUUGGCUUAUGGAGAUCCACUUGUGUAACAGUAUAACUGAAGAAAGUCAAACAAAAAAGUGAAAUAAAUGGUAAUUGUGCCCGAAACUGGGAUUUGUUCCCCAGUCACAUAGUACAUCUCAUAGUGAAAUUGCUUUUUCCACUUACUACUAUCUCACUCUAUUUGGGUGGAAGAAACACUGCAGACCAGGAGAUGAAUAUCCCCUGUCUUACGUGCACCCUUGAAGGAGAUGAUCUGUAAAAUACCAAAUUGAUAGCAGUUAUUUUUUAUUUUUAAAUCCUCUAGAAAUGUGAUAUUUGAUAUGUAGUAAAUGAAUUUUGGAUGGACAGUAAUGUAUUUAGGGUAAUGACACAUUAAAAAGCUAACUUUUUGGAGGUAGAAUUCCCUUUUAAUGUUGAAUUUCUUUUGUUAUUAAUGUUGCUGUUUGUGAGUACUGUCAUUUUUCUUAGUGAAAAUGCUGUUUCCAGUGUAGUUUGAAAACCAUGUUUACGUUGGUGGUUAAAUAGCUUGCGCUUAGUUUCAGGAAUAAAGUUUCAGGAAUAAAA